CCAAGUGAUUUGUGCCUCUUUUCUUCCAGAUAGUUUCCGAUGAGGAUCAAUACGCCAGCCACGCCGGCGGCCGCCACGCGCCUCCACACGCGAAGACACCACCACCACCACCGUCAUCACGCGGUCCACGAGGAGGGGGACGCACCCCACCACCACCACCACCACCACCACCAUCACAGCAACAACAAUCAUAACCACAACUAUCACCACCAUCAUCAUCACCAUCAUCACAACCACUACCACCAAGAAGAGUUCCAUAAACCCUCCCCCUCCCCCCCUAGCUCAUGCUCCGCUCACACCCACCAGCUGCUGCACCAGUCCCAGCACCAUCACCACCAUCAUCACCACCAUCAUCACCACCAACACCACCAACAGCAGCAGCACCUACAGCAGGACCAAUGGCAGGAAGCACCGGAGCCCCUCACCCCGCCCGCACACCCCCACCAUCACCCAAAUCAGUACCUGAGGAGACUGGGACCACAAGAUCCAAGGGAGAGACUAAAAGAAGCAGAGUGUCCGUGGGGGGAGUUGAGUCCACACCUCAAGCAGCAGCAACACCACCGGAAGCAGCAGGAGCAAAGACACCUGCAGCUCCACUCUCGUCUUCUGAAGCAGUUUCGCCCGCUGCGGUUGCUGCUGCUGGUGGCGGCGCUGCUGCAAGCAGGCGCGCUCGGCUGCCGCAUCUCAGAGUUCACCUGCGGCAACUUCGAGUGUGUUCCUGCCGAUGCUUACUGCGACGGCCAGCCAGACUGCUCGGACAGGACGGACGAGCCACGGGACUGCUCGCCGUGUAAUCGAACCUUCUACGGGGACGUCGGGAGGAGCUACGAGGUGCAGGUACAGCGUCCGGUCAACAUGCUCACCACUUUCACCUGCCACCUCACCUUCGUGGCCGAGGGGAACCAGUACGGCGACAUUGUGCAGCUUAUUAUUCAAGACUUCAAGCUUGGGGACUUCUUCAGCUACAACAGCGGGUGUCCUCAGGGGUGGAUGCAGAUCAGCGAGCGAGACAGACCCUACACGGACGGCUACUGGUGCGGCAAUGGGCAGGGCUUCAACGUGUAUUACAGUGAGACCUCCACCACCACACUCACGCUUAAGAAAUUUAUCACUAUGGACUACGUGCACUUCGAGGGCUUCCAUCAGUCGCCCUUCAGCUUCCGUCUCACCUACAAGACCAUGCGGCGAAGUGACGCGGUGCUGCGCUAUGGGAACGCCACCACGCCCAAGGACCGCGGCCAGCUGCUGGAUGACUCCGUGUGCACGCGGCUCUUCCUCAACUGCGACGAGCACCUGUGUUCUGUGCAGAGCCCAAACUUUCCCGGCCUGUACCCGCGCCACGUCACUUGCAACUACCUGCUGCGCCAGACCCGCUACGUGCCCUACGCCCGCUCGCUCAUCACCAUCUACCAGGACAACCCGCUUAGGUUCAACGUGAAGGCCACCUCCACCCUGCCCAACCAAGAGCCUUCCUCUCCCGGCCUGCAGAUCUGGGACUCGUGUGACCUGGUGCACGACCACCUGCUGGUGUACGACGGCAACUCUACGGACGCACCGCUGUUCCUCAAGGUGUGUGGCUCGGGCCGUCUGCCGCCCAUCACCUCCACAGGGUCGGAAAUGCUCAUCAUAUUCAGCACCUCGCGCUUCGACGAGCCCACGCAAGAGACGCUGAUGCCCCGGACUUUCGGUUUUGAGCUCAACGUCGGGGUCACUUAUCUCAACAUGGACUCCCCAAGGUUUGCCCGCAACCACCAGUGUGUGUUCCACAUCUUCAGCGCCAACAACUCCAGCGGGGAAGUGGAAUCUGUGGUGAACACGCAACCACAGAACUCGUCGUGCGUGUACCUGUUCCACGGCGAGGCGCACGAGGUGGUGUGGGUCCACUUCCGCAAGUACGAAAUUGCGCCCAAGAUGGGCCACUAUUCCUACAACAUGACGGAGUGCAUCAACCCGCUCAGAAUAUACGACGGUAACUUCUUCGACACCACCACGCCGUACGGCUCCCCGCAGCGCGCCAAGCUCAUUCAGGAGCACUGUACCAAGCGACCGCCGCCCAUGUGUGCCAGGGAGUAUCUGCCCCCGAGGGCGGGUCACAUCGCCCCGGUGAAGGCGUGCACCAGGAACGAGAGUUAUGUGGCAGAAGGAUCUAAACUGACUGUGGUGCAGCAUUAUAAUGAGUCCACUGCCGCCCUGGCCAUGGAUUUUGUCCUCCGAUACGAGUUCGUCAACACUCGGCCGGGUUACCGCCCUACCAACGGCAGUGAGUGUGACUUUGAGGCGAUCAGUGACGGCUACACUCUCCGCACAGGACGCGUUUUCUCCCCGAGGACCUCAGUGCUGUAUGGACGCUGGGGACGCCGCCGACUGUCGUGCCAAUAUCGUCUCACUGCACACGGGGACGAAGUGGUGCGGGUUACCAUUACCAAGUUCCACAGUGCUUCCCGUUCCUGUGUCACCACAACCAACAACUUCACUGGAAGCUACGACUGCGACAACCACGCGGGCCAGAUGGCUUCUCUGGUGGUGUCUGAAUACCCCUGGCAGGACAUCGAGGUGCCGCGCCUGUGCUUGUGCGACUACUCCCUCAUCCCCAUCGAAUACGAGUCAAAAUCUAAGGAACUGCGGCUCAAGUUCGAGGUUAAUAAUAUGGAUGAAACUCACGACUACUUUGACUUCAUGUUCGAAGCUCAGUACGAGUUCGUGAAGAAAUCCUCAUGCAAGAAAGAACAACGACUCCAGGGGACCAACGGCGAGAUAGUGUUUCGAAAAGCCAACCUCACCGAGAACAAGCCGUGUGACAACUACCCUUGGCUCCUGCAGACUUCCGACGCCAACAAGUCCAUUUACUUCAGAAUAAGAGGCUACGACCACAUCGACAAGAACUGCACCACAUCCACUCGCCUGCUGGUGUUCAAGGUCGGUCGUCUGAGGCCAGUCGGUGUCCUGUGUCCUGACCCGACCAGCGAGAAGGUCGUGGAGCUGUUCAGCUUUGCCUGGCAAGGAUCGGGGACGCUGGUUGAACAGUCGACUGAUAAACUGGUGCUGGAGGUGUCAGGGCGGGAGGGUGCGCGAGAUCUGGGCCCCCACACACUCACCUGGCUGCAGGUAUCCCCGGCACGACAGUAUGACUGGUCCUCUGAGGGCAUCGUGCGUGGCUGCCAGGAGGAGUGCCCCGAGCUGGGUGUGUGCAUCAGUGAGGACUUGUGGUGUGAUGGAGUGCACCACUGUCCCUCAGGCCAUGACGAGCUUAUCGCUCACUGCUUCUUCCUCUCGGUGCCCUGGGCCUACAUUGGGGUGGGCUCUGCUCUCAGCGUCAUUCUGCUGGUGGUGGUGACAGUGUAUGGCGCGGCUCGCCUGCGUGCCUCUGACAAGAAGACCCACCAACACCAACCUAUCCCCACCCUGCCCACCGCCUCGGAGUCCCUCUUCUCCUCUGACAAAGACGCGGCGGAACGCGAUGGCGGCGUGACGUCCGCCUACAGCCUCGAUUACAGCGAGGUGGAUUACGUCACGACUUUAUGAGGACCACAAAGAUUAGACACUUUCAACAAUACUUGCACUUUAGCUCGAGGCACUCGCCCAUCCACCAGCACCAUCCCUGCACAGGAUGCACGCCAAUCUAGCUCCCGAAGAACGACAAGCCUCCCGCGCCCGCGGCGGUCCAGGACCCGCCACACUCGGUCGGCCAGUGUUCACAACGACUACGACGACCGGCCCCAUCUCACUACAGCUGUACGUCCCUCCUCCCCCGGCGCCCUUCAGCAGGUCGCACCACUACACUCUGGCUGCCCUCAACACCCACCCACUGGCCGCCCUCAAUACCCCAAACCGGCCACCCGCGUCGGGCCCAAUAGCAACGACCCCGACACAGCUCCCUGACGCCUCGCCCCCGCAGGGAGACUGAUGACCGGACCGCUGGUGAAUGACCACGCACCAGUGUUCCCCCCCGAGGCCACCGAGGCUGCUGGUGACCUGGGCGUGGGCGUGCGGGUGACACUGCCGCCCCAAGCACCAAGGUGUCGAGGCUACACCGGACCCUUCCCUUAGCUGCGUGUUUGAUGUAAAUGUGUAAAUCGCUUUCCAACACCCUGGCACGCGGCUUUCUCCGUUCACCUUUCUUGCAAAUGUUUCUAUACAAUUUUAUUCGAUAA